AGCCGUGGCAAAGAGCACCCGAUCAAGAGACUCAGCUUAAAAACAGAGUCUUGCUCGUGGUGUGUAUCUGAGAGAUAUAGACGCGAGAGAGAUAGUAGGGACAAAAAUGGCUUCUCAGAUCCCAGUGAUAACGUUCUCCGAGGAAUGCACGAAACCGGGGACAAGUUCAUGGGAAAAAGCUUGCAAAGUGAUCGUGCAGGCUCUGGAGGAUCACGGGUGCUUCAUCGUUGAACACCCCAACGUCCCUCUUGGCCUUCAUGACUCUGCCUUUAGCGUCACCGAGGAUCUCUUGGACCUCCCCCAUGAAACCAAGAUCAAGAACACCAACCUCAAGCCUUCCCAUGGCUACAUCGCCAAAGUCCCCGGGACUCCUCUCCUCGAGGGCAUGAACAUCGAUGGCGUCGAGAAGCUCGAAGAGUGCGAAAAGUUCACCUCCCUCAUGUGGCCCUCUGGGAAUGACCACUUCUGCAAAACUGUUCAUGAUUAUGGCAAAUUGAUGGUUGAGAUAGAGAAAGUAGUGUUCAGGAUGGUAUGUGAAAGCUACGGUGUCGAGAAAUGCUAUGACCCUUACAUCAAAUCUUGCACGUACCUCCUACGAUUCUUGAAGUACAAGAAGCCAGCAGACCUUGACACUAGCGUGAACCCGGUCGCUCAUACGGACAAGAGCUUUUUGUCCUACUUGCACCAGAACAACAUUAGGGGCUUGGAGGUGAGGACCAAGGAUGGCGAGUGGUUCGCUUUUGAGCCCUCGGCUUCGACUUUCAUGGUCAUGGCUGGUGAUGCAUGUGUGGCAUGGAGCAAUGGAAGGAUCAAGGCAUGUUAUCACCGAGUGUUGGUUAGAGAACAAAAUCAAGUGAGAUACUGUCUAGGGACAUUCUCGUACGUCCCAGGGAUGAUCGAGACCCCCAAGGAGUUCAUCGACGAGGCACACCCUCAGCAAUACAAGCCCUUCAAUCACAUCGAUUUCCUUCGCUAUUAUGACUCUAGCAAUGGCCCCAUCAAGGCCGAGAGCCUCAUCAAGACCUUCUGCGGAGUUGAGGCCAAUUAGCGUUCAUGAUUAAUUCAGAAUGAACAGAGUCUUCGCCUCUUAUUGUGAAAUAAGAUAAGAUGAGGAGACUGUGGUCUCUUAAUCUUCUUUGUUCUGUUUUUGUUUGAUGUAAAGGUUAUCGAAGGCAUGUUUUAGUUUUUUAGGUCGAAUAUUGAAGGCAUGUUUCUUGCAGCAAAUCUGGUCCAACUUUUCUUGCCAUGUAAUCCACCCACUUUACGAAUUUAUUGGAGCUUCCGUUAUCUCUUUCCAAGAA